AUGGACGCCACAUUGGAAUGCUUGAACAACGUGCUCUCCUUGACACUUCGAAGCUUGAACUCCAAAGAGCUUACGGAUGAACGCAACAAUGCUUUGCACAACCAUGAGCCAGGAGCGCUUCCAAACGCCAAGACCAGUAAACUGGCCAACCAGAMAGUCGACCUGUUGCAAAAGAUCGAACAGAUGCUUGAGCCAAGCUACUUGGUGCUCGCCGACCACUACUUGGGUUACGUACAUGCCAAGUGUCUCGUUGGUGCUGUCGAGCUGGACAUCGCAGACCAUCUGCGAGACAACGGGGCCAWGAAAGUGGAAGAUUUGGCCAAAAAGGCCGGCGCUCGUCCAGACCGACUCUUCCAGAUCCUGCGUGUCCUCAGCAGCAAUGGCAUAUUCUCACUCGACACCGUGACGACUAUCAUCCAGAACAACAGCGUUUCGGAACUCCUGCUCAAAGACCACUGGGCCCAAUGGCACAAUUGGGUCACGCUUUACGGCAACCAAUUCUAUGACAUGGCGAAUGGAAUUCCGGCCUCUUUGAAGCACGACGCAAAGCGGAACCCAGCGCAGAUCCAGUACGACACCGACAGCGAUAUGUUCACCUACUUUAACAGCCAAGGCUGGGUCGGCCAGCUUCAUCGCACUCUCGGAGCUGGCGCUGCGGCUCAAGCUCCCGGCAUCAUCGCCGAUUAUCCAUGGGCGGACAUCGCCAAUGAGACCGUCAUCGACAUCGGAGGUGGUGGCGGAGGAUUCCUUGCCAUGCUUCUUCGUGCCAAUCCCACGCUCCGGGGAGGAAUUUACGAUUUGCCACAUGUCAUCGAACAUGCGGCGCCUUUUUUCCACACUCCUGAAGGCCAAUUCGCCGAUGUUGGAGAUCGGGUGUCUCCUGAGAAUCUCAUCGGAGGUGACUUCUUCGCGAGCAUUCCCGCUUCGAAAGUGUACACGAUGAAGUGGACCUUGCACGACUGGCGCGAGGCUGAUGCCAUACGCAUCUUGGAGAAUAUCAGCAAAGCCAUCAUUCCUGGGCCGAACAGCCGCUUGGUCAUCUUGGAGUCGAUUCUCGACACCACUCGCAGUUCGCGACUGACUCGAUACGGCGACAUGAACAUGAUGAUUGCUGCAGAUGGUAUUGAGCGCACUUUGAAAGACUGGCAGACGGUGGCGGACAAGGCUGGCUGGACCAUUAGCAAGGUGUACACGUUGAGAAACGCGUGGCAUGGUGCCUUUGACCUGGUGCCCAAGUCUUGGGGCAAAGCACCUCUAGUGUAA